AUGGAAGAAAUAAAUAAUCAUACCACAGUGUCUGAGUUCAUCCUCGCAGGGUUAACAGACAAUCCUGAGCUGCAGCUGCCCCUGUUCCUCAUCUUCCUGGCUCUCUAUGUGGUUACAGUUGUUGGAAACCUGGGCAUGAUCAUCUUGAUUCUGUUUAGUUCGCAACUCCACACACCCAUGUAUUAUUUACUCAGCAGCCUGUCCUUUAUUGACUGCUGUCAGUCCACUGUCAUCACUCCCAAAAUGCUGGUGAACUUUGUAGCAGAGAAGAAUGUCAUCCCCCACCCAGAAUGCAUUGCUCAGUUCUUCUUCUACUGUGCUUUUGUUGUUGCAGAAUGUCACAUGUUGGCUGCAAUGGCAUAUGACCGCUAUGUGGCGAUCUCUAACCCUUUGCUUUACAAUGUAGCCAUGUCCUAUCAAGUCUGUUUAUUGAUGGUAGCUGUGGUGUAUGCUGUUGCCUUAUUCAGUGCCACAGUUCACACUGUCCUCCUGAUAAGAGUGGUUUUCUGUAAGGCUGACAUAAUAAAACACUACUUCUGUGAUAUUGUCCCAUUACUGGAUCUCUCCUGCUCGGAUACUUAUAUCAAUGAAGUAGUACUUCUGUCUUUCAGUGCAUUUAACAUUAUUGUACCAACUAUGAUUAUCCUUAGCUCUUACAUCUUCAUCAUUGUGAGCAUCCUCCACAUUCAGUCCACUGGGGGCAGAGCCAAGGCCUUUAGCACCUGCAGCUCCCACAUCUUGGCUGUGGCUAUUUUCUAUGGUUCUGCAGCAUUCAUGUAUCUACAGUCAUCUUCCGUCAGUCUCAUAGAUCAAGGGAAAGUUUCUUCUGUGUUUUAUACCAUUGUUGUGCCUAUGUUGAAUCCCAUGAUCUAUAGCUUAAGAAAUAAAGAUGUCAAAGUUGCCCUUAAAAAGUUACUACAAAGGAUAUUUCCUCAAAACAGAGAACAGAUUUCCUUGGCAAUAGAGUAUAACUUCUGCAAUCUGGAGGAGGACAUAGGCUACAAGCAACAAUUUGCUAACACUGGAUAUGAGAUAAUUAGCACAUUUUUUUUAUUUGAAAAAAUGUAUCAAAGUAGAAGAGGAUUCUCAGACUCAUAG